CUGGGACAAACUAUACUGGAUGAUAUUAGUAAGUAUUUUCUUACUCCUGAAGUAGAUCAUGAUGUACUUUCACAAGAUAAUACAAGUACUCCCAAUGAAAUCAAGAUACCAACUGAUACACAAUCUGGUAGUACUGCUGACACUGAAGUUACUAAUUCAUCUUCACAACUAUUAUCAUCCGAGUCUUCUCAAGUUGAAGUGCCUGUUCCUAAACAUUUACUGGAGAAUUUUAAACUAAUAAGAGGGUCCUAUGCAAAAAUGUUUUAUAAUGUUUGCAAAAUUUUAAGGAGGAAAUUGGACGUGGAUGACAUCAAAGAGUUCCUGUCUUAUUAUAGCACUUCCCUCAGUAGAAAAAUUGAGAAUUGUACAGAUAUUUCUAGCAUCAUUCGUCAUUUUAAAGACGAGUGUUCUCUGACUGACAUUGCACUUCUUCAUAGUGUAGUUGAAAAAAUGGAGAUCACUGAAGCAAAGGAACACAUUGAGACAUAUAGAACUGAGUUAAAGGAAUUCUACAAAUCAAUAUCAGUUAGUCUUUGUCUGGAGAAAAGAUUUGGCUCUGUUUCUCAUCUUCAAUGUGAAACAGUUACUUUUAUUUUUGACUGGAAGCCUGAGGAACAUGUGCUGCAGGAUAUCAAGGACAUUUUAUCAAAAGUGUCCGGUAAACUGCUGAAGAUUCAGUUUAUAGAGCCUCACAAAUCAAUAUGUGUCACUUGCUCCUUUCCUUUUUCUGAUGUUGGGUUUACUGUAUUGAGGAUGAUAGAGAAUAUUCAUAUACUAAUGGGACAAGGAUUAAAGGAACUGACUAUUGGUAACUUAACAUUAUGGAGGAGAAAAGAUGUUAGAGAAGAGGAACUAAAAGAAAAGGUUCAAGGCUUACUACAAAGUACUGAGGUUAUUUCUUAUAUUAUACUUGAAGAAGCCGAAUAUAAACUAAGAGAUGCUAUCAGUAGCAAAGAGAAGGAAGUAGUUGCAUUGCAACAAUUACUACAGGAAGAACCACUUUAUGAAGAGUUGACUGUAUUGAGGUCUCAGUUUAAUGAGAUACAAAAAGAAAAUGAAGAAUCAUCAAACAAACUAUCAAAAAUGAAGAAUGAGUAUUUGAGAUCACUUUCUAGUAAUACUGAUUCCGCUGCUAGCAAAGUGAGAAGAGGAAUGUCCUUUGAAAUUGAUGACUGCAAAUGUCAUCUUAAAGCAAUGACAAGGCCAGACUAUCAGCCAUUAGUAGAUGAUUAAAAAAUAAUAGAGGAAUUACAAGAAAGAAUAAGAUUAAUGAAUAUGGAACUAAUUAC